AUGUUCGUACACAUUUUGCUAGUGAUUUAUGUGUUUAGCCGUGAAAUAGAAUUAGUGAAAUCAGCAGAUAAAUUGGAGUUUUGGGAACGAGAUCCUCAGUUCGAUGCAAGACGAGCAAUCGAAGACCCAAAGUACAAGAAUCAUCCGAAUCACGACAGCAGCAAGCCGCCGACUCGAUUUACCAAAGUGAAAUCGAAAGAUAAAGCUCCAAUAAAAAGGACGACAACGGACUACAUUACUUCUGAAAAAGAGAAGAAGCCAGCUCCCACAGUCGCGAGGAGUCGCAAUCGAGGCCGUAGCGAAGAGACCACAAAAUGGCCGAAACUACAGCAGCAUCGGUACAAACAGAAACAGAGAAAGGAUGAACUUCGCUCAACAAGAAUCUCGGAGUUGCAUUUGCUGCAACAACCAGAAGAAGAUAGUACCUCCAAAUAUCAGAAGCUGGAAGAAAACGAUAAAGACACUGUCUUAAGUCCCUAUAGUAUAAAGCAACAGUUGACUGACUUCGCCAGUAACUUUCAGGAAGCAAAUAUAACAGUCGAAGUAAUCGGUCGCACUGUAGAAUACAACGACAUCGUCAUGCUGAAAGUGACAGAACGGAAAAGUGAACUCGGAAAAUAUUUCCGAGCCGACGAGAGCAAAUACGUGGACGAAGUUCCAGAGAAGAAAAUCAUAUUUAUUGUGCACGGCCUAAGUGUUAUGGGAAUCUCGAAUAUUCCAUGUUUAUACUCGAUUGCCGAUUUGAAAGUUUUGCUCUCCUUUUAUUUUGCCCAUUUGGACAAGUUUGACAUAUUUUUGAUUCCUAUGGCCAAUCCUGACGGCUUCGUCUUGAGGGAAAAGGGGGGAAGGAAAAACCUGUGGAACAAAAACAUGUCACCACAAGGAGCUUGUCCCGGAGUGGCCCUGGACCGCAACUUCGACGUGUCCUGGAACUCCACUGCAUCCGUCAGUUCCUGCAGCCAGCAUUUCCCAGGAGUCUCCCCCUUCUCCGAGGCAGAAACAAGGGCAAUCCGGGACGUGCUACACCACUACAGCCAUAAGAUCAAUGGCUAUAUGCAUGUGCAUUCUGGAUCUUAUGACUAUCAAAGUUUUAAGGGUGACGCAAUUCUCUACCCAAAAGGCUACACUGACGUUCAAUCAGACGACGACAAAUACAUAGACUUAAGGGGGGAGAUCGACGAAGCGAUGAAGAACGCCAGUUUCCAGGUCAUAUCUGUCACAGUGGACACCCUCCACAAUUGGUAUGGGAAGAUCUCCGGUUCUAGCGUGGACUACGCAUCUACAAUAUACGGAAUUCCAUACGCCAUGGAGCUGGUAAUGCAGCCUUUUCAGGAUAUGGGCUCGAAGGAAAACUACAGCUGGAAUGCACUAAACGAAAUCUGGAGGAGGGUCAUUGACGUCAUCUUCAACAACAUCUGGCGGAAUACCAAGAACAGCGAUACUUAA